GACGGGCACUGCCUGGGCACCCGCUUACUGGGUCUCGCUGAAAGAGCGGCUGCAGUGUCAGACCCGGGAGGUAACCCGGGAAUUGGGUGAGAGGUUUUGGAUCAGAGUUUGAGAGUGAAUGGGAUGGCGACAUCCUAAACUACUUCUGUGACCAGACCUGCAAGGGACAGAAUGGAGGGAGACUGUGCUGGUCCUCAGCCACCAGGCAAUGUGGACUGGAGUGGUACAGGAGGCCAAGACCCAGGACAACUAGAUAUGUUGGAGAAAGCACAUGAGUUCUUUCAGACUUGUGAUGUGGAGGGCAAAGGCUUCAUCACUCGUCAUGACAUGCAGAGACUUCAUGGGGAGUUGCCUCUUAGUCUAGAAGAGCUGGAGAAAGUUUUUGAUACCCUGGAUGCUGAUGGCAAUGGUUCACUUACCCCGGAGGAGUUCACUACAGGAUUCAGCCAAUUUCUGUUGAGGCAGAUGGUCUCAAGGAAUGAAGCUCCUGGGCCAGAAAAUGAAAAUGACUUUCCAUCCAAGUGGGAGGAGAACUUUGCUGAUGGGGGUGAUGAUGAAGACCACCAGUUCUCAAACCUAAUGGCUCAACUCGGGGCUAGGAGGAACUUAGAAGACGAGAGUGAUGUGAAGCAACUUUGGUUACAGCUCAGAAAAGAGGAGCCUCAUUUACUUUCCAAUUUUGAAGAGUUUCUGGCCAGAGUUUUCUCCCAGCUCCAAGAAGCUGAUAAUGAAAAGAAUGAAUUGGAAUCUGCCCUGAAAAAGAAAAUUGCUGCUUAUGAUGAAGAAAUUCAGCAGCUCUAUGAAGAAAUGGAGCAGCAAAUCAAAAAGGAGAAGGAACAGUUUCUCCUGAAAGACACGGAGAGAUUUCAGUCCCGCAGUCAAGACCUGGAACACAAACUCCUAUCAAAAGAACAAGAAUUGGAACAACUGAUUCAAAAACAGAAAAGGUUGGAGGGGCAGUGUAAGGAGCUACACAAUGACAAGCAAGAGACCAAAGUGGAGAACACCAAGCUGAAGCUAACAAAUAAGGAGCUGCUGCGGGAUCUGGAGAGAACUUCUCAGGAGUUAACCAUCGCCCAGCAACAGUUACAGAUGCUUCAGGAGGAGGCUUCAAAACUGCAGGAAGAAAAAGAAGUGGAGGUGUACAGAGUGACAGAAACCUUACGGAGAGAGAAGUCAGGACUCCUUAAACAGCUGGACUUCUUAAGAGAAAGGAACAAGCAUCUGAAAGAUGAACGUGACAUGUGCUUACAGAAAUAUAAAACAAGUACUCCAAAUGCCAACUGGAAGCAAAGAUCUGGAUCUGUCAUUGGGAAAUAUGUAGAGGGAAAGGUACUGGCUAAAAGCCAGUCCAUUGAAGAAGAAGAUGUUUUUGGUAACUCCACAAGAAGAAGGAAUUCUGUUGGCUUGAAUGGAUGUAUUUCUGUAGAGUCUGACCACUGUACUGGAGAAAUGACUCAAGCUAAACAUCUCCAGAGAAUCAUAUCAAUUGAAGAAGAUCACCUACCCCAGCUUUUGGAUAGGCCGCUUGAGAAACAGUUAAGCAAAUGGACAGAAGAAGAUGAAGAUGUGUCCUCAGAGAAGGAAAUGGAUGAGACGCAGCCGACACCAUCUUCUCAGCAUAUGCCAUCAUCACCCAGAGGGCAGCCAGUGGGAAAAGAAAUGUUGUCACAUGAGGAACGGAGGAUACCUACUGUCCCUGAUAGCUUAUUCAAGAUUGUUUUUGUGGGCAAUUCAAGUGUAGGAAAGACUUCAUUUUUAAGGCGAUUCUGCGAAGACCGAUUUUUCCCAGGCACGUCUGCUACUGUAGGUGUAGAUUACUGUGUGAAAACAGUAACUGUGGAUAACAGCCAAGUGGCCCUGCAACUCUGGGACACUGCUGGGCAGGAACGGUACCGCAGUAUUACCAAGCAGUUUUUCAGAAAAGCCGAUGGUGUCGUUGUGAUGUAUGACAUAACAGCAAAAGACACAUUCAUAUCCGUCAAACAGUGGCUUGUGAGCAUUGAGGAGGCAGCUGGGGAGAAUAUACCUCUUCUUUUGCUGGGUAACAAAACCGAUAAUGAAAAAGAGCGAGAAGUCCCCAGUGGACUAGGAGGACAUCUAGCCAAGGAUUACAAUUUAAUUUUUUAUGAAUGCAGUGCCUAUUCUGGUCACAAUACCAAAGAGUCUGUGCUUCACUUGGCAAGACUGUUAAAGGAGCAAGAAGAUAAAGUGAAAGAAAGAACAGUUCAACUGCAGCAUGACUCAAAUAAAAAGUCUUGUUGUGGUAGGCAGUAAAAGGCUGGAUCCUGUUGGACAAAAAUCACAUAUCUGUAUCACACUACAGUACAUCAUCAGAUCUGUCUUGUGCUCCAAAUAUGGCUCACGCUGUGUUGUAAAGGUAGCAGCAGAAGAACUUAAAGAAUGUAGUACACUCCUGCCUUCACUCCUUUUGCAAAAAGAUGUGAGGGUCUUAGUUAGGAUUACAUAGACAAAAGUAUGUAAGGCAGUGACACUCAUUGUCCUGUGUUUGCACAACUUUUAGCACCAUGGAUACCUCAUCCAUGUUUGGCUACUAGAGGUUACUGCAAUACAAAUAAUAGAUAAGAAUAAUAAUAACAAAUCUACUUACAAUAAAAAGUGAAUUCUCACAGGGCUGAUCCUGUAGACUAGUGGUUCUGAACCUUUUUAAGACUUGAAGCACCACUCAAUAGACUUGAGUUACCCUUUGGAAAAUGCUACCUCUUAGUUUUCACUCUUUCUAUGGUC